CUGCGCAUGCGCUACCGUGUACAGUUAGAUGCUGCUUGCAACUGCCUUGUAUUUAUUUACACGUGGAUUUUGGGCUAAUUAGUUAAUAUUUAAUAAUAUUAGCGCUUAACCCGUGACGCUGAAACACACAAAAACGAGAACAUGACAGACGAACAAGAAAUAAUGUGCAAAUUAGAAAAUAUUUUGGAAAUAAGGAAUAAAACAAUCCAACUGCAGAAGAUCAAAUCCAGACUGAAGAGCGAGUUUGAAGCCCUUGAAUCUGAAGAAAAACACCUGAGAGAAUACAAGCAAGAGAUGGAUCUACUCCUUCAGGAGAAGAUGGCCCAUGUUGAGGAACUGCGUCUGAUCCAUGCCGAUAUCAAUGUGAUGGAAAGCACCAUCAAGCAGUCAGAAAAUGAUUUAAACAAACUGUUGGAGACUACACGACGCCUUCAUGAUGAAUACAAACCAUUAAAGGAGCAUGUUGAUGCUCUGAGGAUGACUCUUGGCCUGAACCGGUUGCCAAACCUUAAUGAGGAAGAGGAAAGACUUUCACUAGAUUACUUUGAGAAGCAGAAGGCUGAAUGGCAAAAAGAACCACAUGAACCCAUCAUUCCUGAAUCUCUAGCAGCAGCUGCAGCUGCUGCUCAACAGCUUCAGGUGUCAAGAAAACAAGACCCACGGCAGCCGGCCACUUUCAGACAGCAGCCUCCACCUAUGAAGGCAUGCCUGUCUUGUCACCAGCAAAUUCACCGCAAUGCACCCAUCUGUCCACUGUGUAAAGCAAAGAGUCGUUCCAGGAACCCCAAGAAACCCAAGAGGAAGCCAGAUGAGUAAAUAAAAUUGAACUUAUUUGAAAAACUAAGAAGAUCCCCUUAGAGUCUUGUUUAUGUAAACAAUGUUAUAGUCCCUUAUGUGUGAUGUUUUUUAAAUAUAUUAAACUUUUUAAGAGUUUGUCGGAAUCAUUCAUGCAAUAAUUCAUAUUAUUCAGUUUGUACUGUUGUACUGUUUCUACUGACAUUGAUUUAUGCAUUUUUACAUUUUUUAUGUAUUGCGUAUAUGUAAUACUUAUGUAGUUUAUCAAGCACAAAUGGUAUUCAUGGUAUUUUUUUUUUCUCUGGUAGCGGAAAUUUAAAAUAUAAAAGGUAUCUGCAGAUUAUGAUAAACGAGUGGUUGUAUUAGGCAUUAAUAAUUGCAAAAUUGUAGGCUUGCAUGUUUGUUGUCUUUAAAAAAUUAUUGUGAAUAUUUUGUUUAUUUUAAGAACCAAUCUUUAUUAAAGCAUCUAGUAACUGUUAUUGAAAAGUGUUAAAUAUUGAAUCUUUUUAUAUUUCCAUUUUUUUAUAUUUGUCUGAUGGUGUAUCAUGCAUUUUUAAUUGACAA